GCAACUUGCUGCAAGCGUGAACACGCUCGUCACCCGCUGGCGGCAAAACAAGGAGCUGUCGAAGUGGUUCCGCGAUCUGCAGAAGGCCGCAAGCUCGGCGCCCAGGAAGCCAGCGUCGCCCGAAAAUGCGAAAGCGCGCGAAGAGGCGUUUGCGCGCGCGAAGGAGCGGAUUGAGCACGAACAAGUCGACGCAUUUUUUGGCGACUCCAAAGAAGAUGUUGGGACUUCGCAAGCCGGACAACACUUUUUGUUUCACAACGAAUCAGUGAGUGGUAUGGGCUCAGAACUUUCUGUUUCAAUGGGGUCACACAAUCAGCGCGCGAUGCACGGGCUCAGCAAUGGGAUCACACACGCAAAGCCUACACUCGCGGAGUUGCGCGGUCUGUCCGGUUCUAGCGAGUCGCCUGCUGCUGGAUCAUCGCCUUCUAGAAAAAGACGACGAAUGAGCAAAAGCGCCACCUCUAGCGGAACUGCAUUCAACCAGAAAUGCUCUGCGACUUCGAAAACCGGGGCGAGUGGCAGUAGUUAUGAAGUGCCAACAUGUCUCGGUCUGGGAGACUGCAAACCUGUAUUGCGCGUUUGGAAUAAACCAAUACUAAAUUAUCUGUCAGGCAUGAAGCCGAAAAUAACCGCCACGAACUUUGUCAUGCAAAAAUACGACUUCUUAUGGUAGUUUCUCAUUGUGCAAAAUCCCUCAAGAUGAAAUAAUGUGUCAUGCCCGACCAGGUAAUACAGAUGUCCGCUUCUCAUAUAUGGAGAGGCUAAAAACACUAUAAUAACUUCUUCCCAGACCCAGACGUAUUUGCAGUUGAUCGAACUUCGCCGAGGACACAAAUACCUGCAAAGCUGCCGCCCGUCACUGUCAAGGAGGAAUACCGGGGGCUGGCCGAAAUUCUUCAUCAGGAACUAGACGAAAGUCAAGACGCUGCGCUGCAAAUUCAACGACAGGAGGAAGAGAACACUUUGAGCAGUAGGCCAGAACUUCGCGCACAGUACCUGGAGGUCGCAAAAAAGGCUCUACUAGACUACGCUAACGAAAUGGACCGGGUAUGGGAGGAAGUCCGGCAAGAGUACGAGAGUAUCUUCGAUGUGAUUGCUCUGAAGUGUGGUCUGGUAUCCACCGCGGCGCGCUCGUCUUUAAUCGGGAUGUGGUGUGACGACCUUGAUUGCCUCCCGACGGCAGGCACAGAAGAGCAGCAGUUCUCCCUCUCUGUUCGUCAGCGAACCAGCAUUGGAGAGUUUUUGAUCGCAGCUCGCAACUUCCAGCGCUCGCGGCAGAUCCUGCGAAAAAUGCGGAAGGGAGAAUGGGAUGACCCGCUUCUGCAAGAACUGAAGGAGACGGGUUGGUCAGAUCUGGAGCAAUGGCCGGAAGUGCUCGCUUUUGAGGUGCAAAAUGACCUGCGUGUGCGGGCCUUGCAGGAGAGAAUCGCGGUGGAGUUUGUGACAGGCACGGAGAGCCGACUGCUUGAGUACUCCAUGGGACUAGGGAAAACCAGCGUCAUCAUGGCCGUUGUGCUUCUGCUCUCGUCGAGAAAGGGCACGGAAUGCCUACCGCGGGCUAUUGUUCUGGGUUCGCAGCUGGCGACGAACGCGAAGGACUGGCAGCAUAAACUCGGCGGAUGGCUUCGGAGGAGGUUGGUGCCUUAUCCGAUUCAAAUCAGCUCCCUUGUUCCCCAGGAAUAAAUAAAUGGCGCAGCAACACGCUGGCCCACCACGGUGCACAAUGUGCCCAAAAUAAAUCCCGUUAUGAUUUGCAUCAUCUUCGUCGGCGCAUGAGUUUUUGCGUUUACUUUAUCAAGGCGGAAUUAUACGAAAAAAAGAGUAUACUGUGGUUUUGGAAACAAAAGCGCAAAAAAUUUUUAUACCUGGCGUGGGGGCUGUUUUAAGGUCGAUAAGUCGCUAUUCUUCCGUAGAGACCACGAGCGCAGCGCAGACGAACUGGCUGAGCUCCUUUCCGACCUUCGAGAGCUGCGCACGCAGAAAGGCGUUUUGGUAAUGGCCCCAGCAGUAUCCGAGGCAGAAAGCAUACAACUGGGUAUAGCGAUCUUGAGUUGCCGUCUGUCUGACUUUGUCGGAAAAGCGCACACAUACGCUCAAAAGCAUGCACUCGCGUACACGCGCAAAAGCACACCAGACCGACAUGCAUCAGUGACAGGCGCUUUCGCGUCACGCGGUUGCACCUACAGUGGCUUUGCAGUGGCGCAGUGCUAUUUGUUUACCCAAAGGGAGCAGCAGGAGUUUUUGGUAUGAUUAGUUUUCUUCACCUACUGCUCCCUGGACUUUACGUUAGAGCGAGGUCGCUAUACCGGAGAGGCAUUUUUGUCGUGGAUAGUCCGACUGCAUGUCCCUGAAGAACAAGGUGAUCGAACUGGUCGCCGGGAUCGAAGAUGCUGAUGCUAGUCCUGGUGCACCCGUCGGGCAACAAAAGCAUCGCGGUGACGAGGCAACGUUGGCGGCACUGACCGAGAUUUUUUGCUUGCUGGAAGAUGAAACACGAGACUACCUAGACGAAAGCGACGAAAUUCUUGCACCCCGCACUCAGCUCAUGUACACGAUUGGGAAGCCGCGCACACUUGCCAAAGGUGAGGAGCGGUACUAUUACAAUGAAAAAUGCCCCCACCCCCGAACUUGAAAGCAUUUGUAUUGCAAAUCUUUCCAAAUGAAACAUUCGCCCUCUUGCGUGUAUCAGCAUCACAGAUUUCCGAUCGUGAAUAGCAAAAGUUUGUAUUGCAAAAGAUCCCAGCAAGAGCGGUGCUUGUCAUGCAAGCGAUGCGAAACACGACUAGAAUCUGCAUCAGAAAGAUUCUUACUCCUUUCAUGCAUGACAAAAAGCUUUCAUUUGGAAACUUCGCAUCACAAAUUGUUGCAAUUUCAGGGGUGGGGGGCAUUUUUCACUGUGAUAGGUACCGGGCCGCCAUGGACGUGUUGCGCUUUGCUUCGGAUAUCCCCCAGAAAAAGACCGACAGGUCAUAUUUGUAAUGCAAAAAUAAAUAGACAAAAAAAUCUGUAUUGCGUGCCCUAAACAGGAUGUUAUGGCCUCGCCCAUGACAGAUUUUCCUGUGUAUUUAUUUUUGCAUUACAAAUAUGACCUGUCGGUCUUUUUCUGUGGGAUAUCGGAACUCGGCAUCUCAUACCUGCAAGAUGAGAGGUUCGGCCCCGACGUCGUGCACGUGGACACCGCCGCGAACGAGGAGAUCAUUCGGAGGAAGAGCCAAACCAGCGCUUUUUUCUUGCCCUGGCGACUGCUCGAUCAUGCCAAACAGGACGAAUGCUACGAGCAGCUGAAGAAGGAUGUCGCCUCGCGGGUUUGUAAGGAUGAGAUUGCGCCAAGGUUCCGGUACCUCGAUGACGUCAACAGUCAAUACAUUUGCGAAGAUUUCAAGGCAGCCGUGCUGGAGAAAGAUCCCACGGAACACCUCGCCAGGCUACCAGAUGACGAGACGCGCGACCUGGCGCGGAUCUACUGCGGACUCCUUAGUCACGAAGUGCUGCGGACGGUAUUGGUCAAGCGUCACUGGGUCGAGUACGGGGCGCACCUUGGCCGGCCCUCGCAUCGUAUGGCGGUUCCUUUUGCAGCCAAGGGAAAGCCGGCGGAGCGGACGGAGUACGCCCAUCCGGACACCGGGAUUAUGUUGACUGUCGCGCACUACUACCACCGCGGACUCGAAGAGGACCAGCUGCGCGAGGUUUUCGAUGAUCUCCAGUGCCUACCUGACCACGAGGGCGCGCGGUACUACGACAAGUGGAUGGAGGUCCUGGGUGACCAUUUUUACAGCUACGCGCACGACCUCCAGCACCUGCACCAGAUCAACCUCGACGACCAGCUCUGCCUCCGCAAGGUCGUGAAGGUCUUCUCGAAAAGCAUGGCCGUCGUGGACUUCUUUCUGAGCAAGCGGGUUUUUCCCAAAGAGGCGCGCCAAUUUCCAAGAAGCAUUCGCGCAACGGCGGGCGACCUGGUAAAGGACCCGCAUGCGCCGGGGAGCAAGGGCGUCACUUUGGGUUUUGCGGGAACCGAUGAUCUCAAGGUAGUGGCGCCGCCAACCAUUGAGCAGCGCAACCUGCCGGGCUUGGCAACCAAAGGCCUCCAGCUUUUGCGGCUGCGACAAAAAGCAAACAGCCGCUGCGAGGAGCUCGCCACUGGGAAGGAUGUAACGGCCCAGGUGCUGCAACUUUUGGGCGGGGAAUUCCAGGCCUUCGACGUUUUGCUAGAUGGCGGCGCACUCAUCUUGGACCAGUCAAGCCGAGACUUUUGCGCUGCCUGGCUGAAACUGAGAGAAACAACUGGAGCGAAGGCCGCGGUCUUUUUCGACGAGAAGCACCAGCGCCGGGUGCUGUUCCGUAGCGGCAUAGAAAUGGCUUUCAGUGAGUCGCUACCAAUUGGAAAUAUGUUGUCACUGGUCUCUGUCUGGGAGAAAACAGAGAAGUGCGUUGUGCCAUAUCUUGCGUCUGUAGAGGACCUGCAAUGCACUUUUUCGCACCUUCUUGUCUACAUGGGAAAUGCAGUGUCCUGGCGAUCAAAGAUCGCCUGUCUUCUCUUGCUGAUAGGGCAACACAGACUUUUGCCCGUUCUUCCCAAGUCUGCAUCACAAGUUUGCAUCCGAAUGUUAAGCAUCAGAAGUUUGCGUCAUCCAUUAUUGAAGCAUCACCAGUUCGCAUCCAGCCAGACCCAGAGAUACCUAUUUGCAAUGCAUAGUCGCCUUAUGUGGCCAGCAUGAAGGGGUGCCUGUUGUACAUCAGCGACGAGAAUCUGCGGGGGUCCAACUUCGACGCGCUGCCCCCAAAUUGCAAGUGCGCUGUAACUUUGGGAAAGGGCAUGACGUUCGACAAGCUCCGCCAGACCUGCUUUCGCGCCCGCCAGGUCGGCCGCGGGCAGAUCGUGAACUUCAUCGCUGCGGCCGAAGUGGCGAAGCAGCUCGAUGCAGUCAAGAACGCAGACAAGGUGAAGAAGGAGGGCGACAUGGCUAAGCUUACACGAACGAUGAAAAGCCUCGACGAAAUGAUCGAGGACGAUGGCGAUGCGGAUGGCUCCCUGACCAAAAAACGCGACAACUGUCGACGCCAACUGGAGCAGUUGCGAAACGCGCCAGCUUCGGCUUCCAGUGCGGGCACCGUCGAGCAGGCGGACUUGGAUGUAAAGGACAUUGACGCAGUCUUGCAGUGGGCAAGGAAUUAUCAAAUGCAAAUCAUGUGUUCAGGCCUGGAAAAGUGGAACGCGUGGUGCUUCUCUGGCAUUCUGGAAAAUAUCUCUGGUCUAUUGGUCAUCAACAAAGGCAGAGCUUCUUUUGUCAUGCGAAGACGUAAUUUUUAGUGCGCGAAACGCAGGAGCAGUUAUUCUCAAUAAACCUUGUCGUACGUGUCUGCUCUUACAGGUGUUCUUUCCCUCAUCCAGAUGAAGUUUGCAUCACAAAAGUCCUGACUCUGGCGUAUUUGCAAUGCAUAGCAAGAACACGGUAGAAGAGUGUGGAAGGUUGAUGGGCCCGCUUGUCAGUCAAAGCGCACUGUGCAUCCGCAAGAGCAGACUUCUGCGAAACGCCAAGGCCGAGGCACAGGCGCAGGACAGUAAUUUAGCCAGCUUCCUUGAGCUCUACGCGGACGCGGGGGUGGAGACCGAAAAAGCGCUGCUGUCGGACCUGUACGGAAAUCCCCGGAACCCCGAGAAGCUUACCUUGUUAACGCAGAAACGGCUCCGCCACGAGAUACAGAACCAUGACCCGAUCGCCGAGAAGCUGCUUGACCGUGUCAACAAGGUCGCGCCGAAUUUGGCAAAACCCGGACACCGCGCGAACUGCAGCGACCAGCAUGAGCGAGAGCUCGAGCAGGAGCUCGAGGAGGAACGCGAUGUCGAGGAGUCUGCGUCAAUGCAGCCAACAGCGCCACAAGUCUCCAGCGGAUUAAGCGACCUGGCUGAGUGGCUGAAGCAGCCCGGCAACGCUGGAAAAAAGUACGGCGACUUCUCCCAGGUAAGUGCGUGGCUUUCUAUGGGCGUACUUUUCAGAAAUGAUGUGUGGCGGGCUCGUGCAUGACCAGAGCCUGCCGACCUCUGUUACUUCCAGAUUGAUAUACGUAGUUGUGUUUAUGGCUUUAUGCCUAGCUGCGCAAGAAGUGCCUGCUUGUUCAGCUGCUCCUACCUGCCAGCCAGCUUCCGAAAUCUCCACAAACCUACUUUCUACAUUUCAAGGACACUUUCAUUCUCCUACGAAAAAAUAUAGGUUGCUUUCGUCGACUUGCCCCGCACGCUGGGUCGAAGCACUUCGGAGAUCACCGUGCUCGCGACCCUUGACUUUGCGUGCACACUCGCGGCGCCGGGAUGCGAUCCGUUUGCGAAAGCAGCGAAGUAUCCAAGAAAAAAACUGUGUUAGUGUAAGAACUCUCUUUGUCUGACAGCAACACAAAUUUGCUCUACAUGACAGAGACAACCUGUCAUGUGUAACUUGUAUUAAGGGAAAACACAAGUGAAAAGAGGACUUCAUGGUUGUCUGGCAUGACAGGCGUAACUCUGUUGGAUGUUCUGCAUGACAGAGUUACACUUAUACAGUUUUUUUCUUGCAUACGAAGAUGCCGGAGUUCGUUCUCGAGAUCGACACGGACCCCGGGGGAAAGGUUGCACUGCUCGUGAGCAACUUCGAGGCGGAGCAGGUCUUUGGCUGGACCGGCGCCUUCGGACCGCUUCGGUUGUUCGCGCCGACCAACAAAGCAGAGCAGCGGCCGAGGACUCCGCGGGACUUGGCGCUGGAGAAGGACGGAGAGCGGCCAGAACUGGCGGCGCUGCAUCUCUUUGCCGGAAGUUUGUUCCCCGGCGCGAGCCUUCUCGAGUCGAUGCGCGAGCAGCUUACCGCGGUGCCCGACGGACCGGCGCAGCUGCGGCAUUUUCUGCAGGAGGUCCGCGGAUUGGCUGCGGAGUUACCCACUUCCACCGUCGGCGCCGAGUUCCUUCGCUUUCAGGUCGACCAGGACCACCCCCCGCUGCCGGGCGAAGCGGUGGAAGGCUGGGACACGCCGGCGCUGUUUGGCGGGGGGUAGGUAGCAGGCGACGGAGGUGCGUGGUCGGCCGGCGCCGAUGAAAAAAAGGGCGGGCGACUGGUGUCGACAAAAAAAGGGCGACGAAGUCACUACGAAAAGUAAAGAAAGAGAAAAGGAGAAAGUAGAACCGCGAAAACCUAGAAAAUUCAGAACAUCCUGCGAGAAUGUAGAAAAUGCGUCAAAACAUCUAUCAAUAGUGGCUCUUAACAUCAAAGUUUUUCAACUAUUUUAGUUCAAGUGACCCUCGAUUCAUAAAACAGGUAGUUUAUGGCAAUCUACCAUGACAACAAUAUUUUCAAACGAUCGCUUUUCUACUCCGAUAUCUAGAAAAGAAUCUACCCAUGACUUCUUUUGAGAAACCAGUAAUAUAGUAUCAAUCAACCAUGUUUUUCUAUCAUACAACCGUUUCUGCGGAAUAGGUACGAGAGGAAGCAAACAAAGAAUAAAGAAACAGCAAAAGCAUAAAAUGUGCCAGGAGCGAAGCCUCCAGACUCGGUUAGAAUUCUGUAGAAGCGAAGUGAUCCGGGUGGGUAACUGCCAUUUCUACUUUGCUUCGUCAGUCUUGCCUGUCCGAAAUGGCCUUCUGAUGUUUUAUACUCAGAAGAUACUCUCACAAAAUUUCAGGACUGCGAAAGCGAAAUACGAACGCUUUAACAUGAUUUUUACCUGUGCUAGAACAAUCAUCUUUUUUCUACUGCAAGAACAAGAUUGUAAUUCCUCAGUACACGGAAUUUAACUUUGUCACCUACACCUCACCAUGGGAUAAUCAUUGCGUCUAUCGCACAAGAAGAAGCUGAAGACUAUAAAGAAGAAAUACUCCUAUUAAUACUAUAAAGGAGAAUGCUCUUUUUCAUACGACGGUAUUACAGAUGAUGAAAGAUGACACUUAUUACACGUCAUCCACCCGAAACAACAAAACAACAAGAUACUCUUUUACAGAAAUCGUAGCGUAAACUCGUGAGAGCGACUUGCUCAUGGAAGGCUCCAGGAGACCACUGAGAGGAAAACAUAUCUCGAUGAAGACAUUGAUGCAGUUUUGCGGCGUGCCUGUCGCUGGCAUCAUGAAGAACCCAUUUUGUUACCGUGAUUUUCACAUCGGAGUCGCAAAAGGAAAACCGAACUGAUUUGUUUGUUUUGCCGUUGAGUUCUUUGGCUAGAGG